CCGCUCGCCCGCCAUGAAGGGCGCCGUUCGCAUCCUCCUGCUGGGCGACGCCCAGGUGGGGAAGACGUCGCUGAUCAUGGCCCUGGUGGGCGAGGAGUUCCCGGAGGAGGUCCCCCCGCGGGCGGAGGAGAUCACCAUUCCGGCCGAUGUCACCCCCGAGAAGGUGCCCACACACAUUGUGGACUACUCAGAGGCCGAGCAGACAGAGGAGGAGCUGCAGGACGAGAUCCAAAAGGCGAACGUGGUGUGCGUGGUUUACGACGUCUCCGAGGAGACCACCAUCGACAAGAUCCGGACCAGGUGGAUUCCGCUGGUGAACGGGGGAAUGGAGAAAGGACCCAGAACUCCCAUCAUCUUAGUGGGCAACAAGUCUGACCUACGCUCCGGGAGCUCCAUGGAAGCCAUCCUGCCCAUCAUGAACCAGUUCUCCGAGAUUGAGACCUGCGUGGAGUGCUCGGCCAAGAACCUGAAGAACAUCUCAGAGCUGUUCUACUACGCGCAGAAAGCCGUCCUGCACCCUACUGCUCCUUUGUACGAUCCGGAGGAGAAGCGGCUCAGGCUUCCGUGUGCCAAGGCCCUCGCUCGCAUCUUCCGCCUCUCGGAUCAGGACAACAACCAAGUGCUCAGUGACGACGAGCUCAAUUUCUUCCAGAAAUCCUGUUUCGGAAACCCGCUGGCCCCCCAAGCCCUGGAAGACGUGAAGACGGUGGUGUGUAAGAACACGGCAGGUGGUGUCCAAGGCGACGGGCUGACCUUGGACGGCUUCCUGUUCCUGAACACCCUCUUCAUCCAGCGGGGCCGGCAUGAGACCACCUGGACCAUCCUGCGCCGCUUUGGCUACAACGAUGAGCUGGAGCUGACGGAGGACUACCUGUUCCCACCGAUCCGCGUGCCCCCCGGCUCUACCACAGAGCUCAGCCACUUUGGCUACCAGUUCCUGCAGAGGAUGUUUGAGAAGCACGACCAGGAUCAGGAUGGAGCCCUGUCCCCCUCCGAGCUGGAGAGCUUCUUCAGCGUGUUCCCCUCGGAGCCCUGGGGCCCAGGGCUCCACCGCACGGUAUGCACCAAUGCUAAAGGCCUGCUUUCCCUGCAUGGAUUCCUCUGCCAGUGGACGCUGGUCGCCUACCUCAACGUCCACCACUGCCUGGAGCACCUAGGCUACCUGGCCUACCCCAUCCUGGCUCAGCAGGACUCCCAACUGCAUGCUAUCGCAGUGACCCGGGAGAAGAGAAUCGACUUGGAGAAGGGGCAGACCCAACGCAGCGUCUUCCUGUGCAAGGUCUUUGGCUCCCGGGGUGUGGGCAAGUCGGCCUUCUUGCAGGCGUUCCUUGGGCGGAGCUUGGCGGCCCCACGGGAGCCCCCAGGAGAGCAGGCCCCCUACACCAUCAACACCGUGCAAGUCAGCGGCCAGGAGAAGUAUUUAAUCCUGUGUGAGGUCGACCCGGAAGCGGUGUUGGCCACGCCGGCCGGCACCACGUGUGACGUGGCCUGCUUGAUGUAUGAUGUGAGCGACCCUGGCUCUUUCCACUACUGCACCCAUAUCUACAAGCAGCACUACCUGGACAGCCAGACCCCCUGCCUCCUGGUCGCCACCAAGGCCGACCUGCCCCAGGUGGCCCCGCCGAGGGGACCCACCCCCGCCGACUUCUGUGCCAAGCACCGGCUCCCUCCACCCGUCUACUUCACCUGCAGCGGCCCGGGCACCCCCUCGCCCGCCGUCUACACCCGGCUGGCCACCCUGGCCACCUUCCCACACCUGAGCGACACGGAGCGGCGCUCGGCCUCUUUCUGGCUGCGGCUCACAGUGGGCGCUGCGGUGGCCGUGCUGGUCGGAGUCGCCCUAUUCCGGACCCUGGGGCGGAACAAGUAGGACCGAAACCGGUCCCACCGCCUCCCAGCGGCCGGCCUGCGUGAGGAACUGCCCCACGGGCCCCCCACGGGCACCGAUGUAUCCCGCUGGACUCCGCACCCCCUCGCCCCAGCCCUCCCGCAAACCCCACCCACCCCCAGGAGCGAACCCCAGCCUGGGCUGAGCCAGGGGAGCCGCAGUAGCAGCGACUCGCUGCAGGGGCCACUUGGGAUUUUAGGUGGAUUUUAGACCUGUUUGCCAAACACACACACCCUCGUCCAAGGCUGGUGCUGGGGCAGGGGAGGGACAAGGUCGAGGGUCUGCAGUCAGCAUAGCUCAAAUGCCCGCAGCCCCCCCUCAGGCUGGCCCUCCUCCUGGGACCCCAGGGCCAAGGGUUGGAGCCCCGGGGUCACCCAGGCACAUAUCUCUGCGGGCAGGUCACUGAGUUGCCCCCAUCUCGGCCCCUGGGCCAAAUCAUGUCUAGGGUGGUGGCUCUUGGCUCGUAAGCUGGAAAGGGCCACCCUUGGGUUCAGGUCUGGCACUUGGCCUCUCCUCCCACAGCCAGCCCGUCCCUCCCUCCCCGGAGCCUUCCAGGGGUUCGGAGAGCAGGGGGUCCCCAUCUCUACCGUUCCCUUCAGCCAUUCUCGUCUCAGGGUCUCGCCCCCUGCCCCUCCCCUCAGGGUCAGGGCCUCCAAGCCUUUGUAUGGGCCCCAGGCAUAUGGCAAGUGCUGGGGAGGAAGGGCAUCGCACUGGGGUACCCAGGCAGGGUACCACACCGAAAAAGGGACAUCUUGGGUCCUGCUCCAACUGGAAUUUGGGCAUCCCUCUUAUCUAAUCCCAGGGAGCUAGCCCCCUCCCCACCAUCUUACCCUAUUGCCCUUCCUUCUUCCACCCGCUGCAAGCCUGUGACCCUAGCGGGCCUGCAGCAGUCUGCCCCCUCACUCUAAUCCAGGACCCGGGUCUCAGGGCUGUCCUACAGGCAGAGGGUCAGCCGGCGUCAGGCCGUGGUGAGCCACAGGAGGGUAUGCGUGGACUUUGGGUGGUGAUCCAGUUGUAGGGGCACGGAGGGCCUGGAAUGAGGUGCAGAAAGCAGCCCUUGUGCAGGUCCUUAAACCGCCCAUCCCUCUGUCUCCUAGCCACCAGGUGGGUUGGCCCUAGAGGCUGUCACAGGGCUCAGCCCCGGGCAGUUGGAGAUAAACCUGUACCUGGUUGGGAACUGAGUCAAGUUCUUCCUCCGAGGCCAGGCAGAAAUGUGGAUGCGUGUGCAGUGUAAGGCCAAGUCGUACCUCCUGGGUCGGGAAGGGGAGGGAGAGGAAAUCCUUGCUACUGCUUUUUGAGGGAUGUCCCUUUGGGGGCAGAGAGUCCCCUGACCCCUGGAAGAGGGUGUGAGCUGACCCGUCCUGGUGAGCAUGGGGCAGCCUGAGGGUGCCUGUCAGUUUGAUGGGAUUCCGGGAUGGUAAGGAAAACGGGGAGUGUGGGGGCAAGGACAGGUGGGAAGGUGGAUUUCCUGGGCCUCCCUCACGUGAGAGGUGCUGCGGGUUCCAGGAGCCCCGGGUGCGGGACCGUUAGAUAACGCGUGACGUCAUUAGCGGGUCAGCCCUGCCUCGGCCGGGCUUCUGUCCAACCGGGCCACAAGGACGUUUAGAGGAAAUAUGGAUGGCCUGCCCUCAGCAACGUCUCCUUACCCCCGCACGAACGCCUGUCCAAACCCCAUCGGUCCUGACGGCAGAUUCCACGGGGGGUGGACAGUGUUUCCUGUUUGGAUUUUAUCAUCACUCCGUUUGAGUGGAAUUUGGGGAACGGUAAUUCCAUCUUCCCGGCCCUCUAAAUUCAAAUCCUGCCUCUGCCUAUCCCACGGUGCCAGCCUUUCCGCUCCGUCUUCCUACAAGGCUCCCCACCGGCUCAUCGCGGCUGCCCUUGCCAGGGCCACUUUCAGUGUGCCCUGUUCUCCAGUGCAGGGGUUGGGUGGGUGCAGCCUGGCACUAAGGGAAGCCUGGGCACUCGGAGCCUCGCUCCCUCCCCAUCUCGCCUUGUGUGCACCCACGAGCUGUUUCUCUCGCUGCCGCAGCGCAUUGUAUCCAAUGAGGCUGGAGUUGUCGGACAAACCUACCGAUGCCCUCACGACGGCCCAGCCGAAGGGCCGGGCUGAGGGAGCGCCGUCCACGGGACAGUGGGGCCGGCUGGACCCCCUUCUCCGCCUUCCCUUCUAAGCAGGUGAGAACGGGAGCCCCCACCCUUCCCCGGCCUGCCUGAGCCCCGAGAGUCAUCUCUGCCCUCUAAAGCCAUAUACUUUUGUGACGCGAUAAGAACUUUCCAAUAAAAGGAGUUUGGGGAUUUGGG